AUGCCUAUGUACGGUGAACAAGGGAACAAAUUGGUCGGUCAUGCCAAGAGGACACAGAACCUGGCGAACCUGCCUCCAUACCAGACCGAGCUCGUCCGUGAGGUCGCCCGCGAAGUCCGAGAUCUAGACCGUGAUGUCGCCAGUCUUCUUGAGCCCUUCCAAGGGUCCUUCGAUCCCAACGCUGACCAGGCAACGGCGUGCACGCUCCUUGUCAACCACCUUUCGAUGAGGCGGAAUAAGCGGUGUCUGCUCGCGUAUCACAAGACGAGGACCGACAAGCUCGAGGAACUGGUCUGGAGCGGCGCGGAUGUGGUUGACCUGUCCGGGCAGCAGGUUAGGGAGGGGGCCGGAUCUGGUCCUGGCGGGGCCGGCACGCGUCCUGGCGACUCGGGGACCAGCAGUCUCAGCCCGCAAGAGGAGGACUAUGUGAGGCAAUUCGGCGAUCUGCUGGCGGCAUACAAGGGUCAGUGGACCGAUGUCGAUCUUACUGGCAGCCUGGAGCCUCCGCGAGACUUGUUCAUCGACGUGCGGGUGUUGAAAGACGCAGGCGAAAUCCAGACUGAAUACGGUGCCAUCACUCUGACCAAGAACAGCCAGUUCUACGUUCGACAGGGAGACGUGGAACGACUCAUCGCCCAGGGUUACCUCCAGAAGCUGGGCUAG